AUGUCUGACACUCAGAUGACGAACACUGAGGAGGAUCGGGCGAAGGGCAACACCCGUCAAGAACCUGCACGAAGACAAAACACUAUUCCUGAAGAGCCUGCUCAUCCAUGGCCUCUCGAAUAUCCCCGAACUCCAGAUGGCAGGCAGCUGCAACCAAAAAAUCUCACUCCAAAGUCCAAAGCAGCCUAUCCUCAAGUCAAGGAGCAAACAACACCAACUCGAGCUCAUUCCAGCCAUCGCCGCACCGAUUCCGGGUAUGGAUCGGUGAAUGUUUCAAGAGAUAUCACACCCCAGCAAUAUGGCGACAAUUCAGUGGGCCUUGGUCUAGAAGACCUCAACUUGAACUUACUAAACACACCAAUGCGAGAACCUCGCAGAGACCGAAACAAGGGUAGUCGCUCUACCAGUCCGAAAUGCCCUUCCCUCAAUAGGAGCAGACUCCAAAGCGGGUUCUAUCGCUCACGUUCGCCUACUCAAGCUCGUCGAUUUAUUCAGGGUCCUCUUAUCGUGUCCUCUCCCCACGCAUCGGAAAUCCCACCUGGUUGUCGCGACCUGGACGAUGAUGCUGUUGAGAUUCCAACCAAGUCCAAGUCGUUGUAG